AUGUCCGAUCCCAAACUCGCGACCAAAGCCCCCGAGUCUGAUGCCAUGGAAGCCUCUGCUAUUUCGUCUGAAGACUCGAGAGUCCAGACUGGCCCUAGUAUGGGAGAGCAUUGCGUGACAGACCGACCCAAUCGAGACGAUCGUCAACCAUCAGGUGAGAUGACCAAGUUCGGCGACAUAGACGUCUAUGUCUCGAAACCGGGCGACUAUCCCAACUCGCCAGCAAAACUCCUUCUCCUCCUCACUCCAGGAACGGGUGUUCAUUCUGCGAACAAUCAGAUCCAAGCCGACAUCUUCGCCUCCAAAGGGUUUGUGGUGGUCAUGCCAGAUCAGUUCAAGGGCGAUGCUGCGCCAAACAGUAAAACCAUCCCGGCCGAAGAGCACCCGACCAUCCUGGAGCAGGUCAAGCUGCGAGCUGCCGAGACCGCCAAAUCUUUCCUCGUGGAUAUGUGGCUGGCGAGACAGACGCCGGAGAAAGUCAUGCCCCUACUGCUCAAAGUCAUUGAAACUGUCAAUGAUGAAUACGCUGACGCCGUCGCACACGGAGAAGGCAUCUACUCUGUAGGAUAUUGCUUCGGCGGGAAAUAUGUGCUCAUGUUGGCUGGGGAACAUCCAGAUACGGCUGCCAAAGGGCACGCAAAGAAAGAUGAAGAGGCGGGGAUGUGGGAGAAAGGCCCGCUCAUCAAAGCUGGCGCCGUGGCCCACGCAACGUUGGUGACGCGCGAGGAUCUGAAGGCUGUGAAGGCUCCUCUGACGAUGGUCUGUGUCGAGAACGACCCCUUAUUCCCUGAUGAGAUCCUCGAUGAGGGUCGAAAACAAUUUGCCACCAGUAAUAUCGAGCACGAGAUCAAAGUCUACUCAGCCGUGCCGCAUGCAGGCUUUGCGGUGUAUGGGGAUUAUGACUCGCCUGCCAUCAAAGAGGCCCAGACGGCUGCAUUCGAGCAGAUCCUCAAUUGGCUCGAGACACACUGA